UAGGUGUAGGAUUGCAGUAUUGAUAGUUUAAUUUUGAGGCAUUCAUAUUCCAAAGCCCAUGUGGAUGUUAAUAUGCCAAAUACAUAUUAAUACUAUGGUACUGUUAAUAUGUCAGACUUUAGUGAAGUAUAAAUAAUUUUUUCAGGCAGGAAAGUUUGUUGGAAAUAGAUUAGAUUAUAUGUUUAAUGUAUGAGCAUCUGCUACGAACAAUAUUCGAUACACCUAUCUGUCUUUUGACACAUACUAUGUACCAGUGUUAUGGAAAAUAUUCUACCUAGCCUCAUAUUUUACCCACCUACCCAUGAUAGGCAUGUACCAAUUUUUAUUAAAAAAUGUCAGGACAUAACUAGGUUAACUUUAAUAAGCACCAGUGUCAGAUUGAUUCCUGUUCCCAACACUACUGUAGAAAUUGUAUUUAUUUCAUAAUAGACAAGGAGAGACUAUAUACAUGGUUAUGAUUAUUCACUCACCUUGAUCUGUCUUCCCUAUCUAGGCAAAGUAUCCCAUUCAAGAAUGCCAGGAAACUGACUGAGCAGCAGCAUGGAUCUUUGGAUAUUUCCAUCCUCACUCCCAAACUUGUCAGAGCCUCUCAUGUAUGAAAGCUUUGUGCUGGGCAAUGAUUCAGAUGAGAGCUUAAGAAAUGCCACUGACCACAGCUUGACCAAGACCAGUACAGUGGUCAUCACUUUCAUUUACUUUGUAGUUUGUGCUGUAGGGCUUAGUGGCAAUGCUCUGGUUAUUUACGUCAUCUUGCGUUAUGCCAAGAUGAAGACAGUCACCAACAUUUACAUCCUUAAUUUGGCUGUGGCUGAUGUGCUUUUCAUGAUGAGCCUGCCCUUCAUUGCCAUCCAGUUAGCCCUGGUUCACUGGCCCUUUGGGGCAGUGCUGUGCCGUGUGGUCAUGACUGUGGACUCUCUCAAUCAGUUCACCAGCAUCUUCUGUUUGAUGGUAAUGAGCAUUGAUAGAUACUUGGCAGUGGUGCAUCCUUUCAAGUCCACAAAGUGGAGAAAGCCUCGAAUGGCCAAGACCAUCAACCUGGCAGUGUGGGGAGUCUCCUUGCUGGUCAACUUGCCCAUCAUCAUCUACAGCAGCUUGAUUACCAAGCCAGGUGGUCAUUUCUGCACCAUUGUGUGGCCUGAGCCACAGGAUUCCUAUUACACAGCCUUCAUGUUCUACACUUUCUUUCUGGGAUUCUUUCUGCCUUUAAUGGUCAUUUGCCUGUGCUACCUCCUCAUCAUCAUCAAAGUAAAAUCAUCUGGGAUACGGGUGAGCUCCUCCAAGCGGAAGCGCUCAGAAAAGAAGGUGACACGCAUGGUGUCCAUUGUGGUGGCUGUGUUUGUGUUUUGCUGGCUUCCAUUUUAUGUCUUCAAUGUGACAUCUGUGACUGGCACCAUUAGCACUACACCCAUCUUGAGGAGCACCUUUGCCUUUGUGGUGGUGCUGGGAUAUGCUAAUAGCUGUGCCAAUCCCAUUCUAUAUGCCUUCUUGUCAGAGAAUUUCAAGAAGAGCUUCCAGAAUGUUCUGUGCCUGAAAAAAGUAGGUGGCCUGGAUGAGAUUGAUAAUAGUGACAGUAGGCAAGACAAGACACGGAUGAACCCUAGCGAAACUCAAAGCACACUACUGAAUGGAGACCUGCAGACCAGCAUCUGAGAGAGAGGAACAAAAUACAUCUAAUCCUUUAGACAUACAUAAGGUUAUUCUCCAGUCACUUGUGGAAGAAAGAGAUGGACAAAGACUUCAGAGAAAAAAAAUAGCAUGAAGAAGACUGCUACAUUCAAUAGAUGAUAGGCAUCAACCAGUUCCACCAGCUGACAAGAGAAUAGAUCAAUGUGAAAUGCUCCUACUGAGAAAAAAGGAACAUUUGUCUUACUCUUCAUCUGUAAUAUGCUGAAUAUAUUAAAAUAUUGUUCUAGUAAUAUUUCAGGACUAUUGUACACAUAUGGCUCAAUGCACAAUAUAUUGUUUUGAUGAAGCCACUGCAAAUGGGAAAGCAAGAUGACCAUGAAGUUCUCUAGACCGCAGAGGGUAAUCAGACACCAGAAGUGACAGCAGACACUCAAGUAAC